AGUGAGUCGAAGCGCCGCUCUGUCCAGGCCUCCGAGGCGCUCUUCCGCCUUCGCCUUCGCCUCCGCCAUGCGCGUGGAGAAGUGCUACUUCUGCUCCGGGCCGGUGUACCCGGGCCACGGGAUGCUCUUCGUCCGCAACGACUGCAAGGCGUUCCGGUUCUGCCGGUCCAAGUGCCACCGGAGCUUCCAGAAGAAGCGCAACCCGCGGAAAGUGCGCUGGACCAAGGCCUUCCGCCGGGCGGCGGGCAAGGAGCUGGCGGUGGACCGGUCCUUCGAGUUCGAGAAGCGGCGCCAUGAGCCCGUGAAGUACCAGCGGGAGCUGUGGAGCCAGAGCGUGGAAGCGAUGAAGAGAGUGGAAGAGAUCAAGCGGAGGCGCCAGGCCAAAUUCAUCUGGAACAGAUUAAAGAAGGGGAAAGAGUUACAGAAAGCACAGGACAUCAAAGAAGUCAAACAGAACAUACACCUCAUCCAGGCCCCCCACGCAGGCAAAGCCAAGCUGAUGGAGGAAAAGAUGGUCCAGGUGCUACAGGACACAGUGCCCAUGGAAGAUUCUUGAAGAGUUAUGCUCUUUGGGUUCUGGCCUAUUUAAUUUGGGGGGAGGGGCUGGGGCUAGUGUUUAUAUUUCAUGAGCUGCAGCUUCAAGGGGAAUAUCUGUAAACCAAGUAGAGAAAUUAGAAAUAAAAUAGGGGCCAAAAAUGA